ACAAAUGUCAAACGCAGUCUGACUGACACUGACACAACUGACAGGAGAGACAACAAGACAACAAAGUAUCAAAAUAAAAUAAUAUUAUUGUUUAAAAUUUAUUAAGUACCUACUUAUAAAAUAAUUAGUGACCUACCAUAACAGGUAAUCAUAAUAUCAUAAAGUCUACGUCUUAUAAGUCUUGGUCUACGUGUUAUCGGUUGAAACAUUGUAAACCUGCAGUUUUCGUUGGUUAUCAUAACCUGAAGUGAGUCUGUCUCGAGUUCUAGUAGUAUAAAAUUGAAGAAUAUUGAAAUAAUCAAAAAUGUCCGAUGAUAAAAAAAUCGAUGAGUCUGCUAUUAAGGGAUGGACGAAGGAAGAAAAAUUUGAUUUAAUGGUAGCUCUAAAAACCUGUGGAUCACACGAAACCAAUAAAUUAAUUGAAUAUGUAACAACAAGAUCGUUAGAAGAAAUCGAAGCAGCUGUCUUUUAUUAUAAACAAUUAGCACUUAGGCAUCCAUUGUUUGAAUCCAAAUGUAAGGUAGAAAAGACUAGACAAAGUCGUAAACCACGUAUGCCUCUGACAGGCUGGGCCAAGCUGCUUACAGACUCUUUAAAAUUCAAUGAACUCCGAACAGAAACAUCAACUGCUGUGAGAUUGAUUGCAGAUUUAGAAACACUGCCCCCGCCUUUGUGCACGGGUGGUGUAGAUUUUCGACAAGUAUAUCACCAAGUAGCCAAUGCUUUAGAAGGAAAACAAUUGACUACAGAUUUGGUAACUGGUGCAGUGCUUCACAGAACCAUAACUGAGACAGCUUUAGCUAGUAAAGCAUUUAUUAAAAAUACUGCUUACAAGUAUGUACUAAAUGAAAUUGAUUUGUCUGAUAAAGCAAUUAACAUGUUUCCUAGACCUACUGAGGAUCAAGAGCUUUCUGUAGUCCGCCAUUUAGCGGCCCAAAGGAGUUACAACCCAUUGAGGGUGGCUGAAGAGUACCUUCGUCCUACAUGCCAAGUGGCAUGGACUUCUGCACAGAUUAAAGCUGACUGAGGUUUGCUCCGGACUCUCAAGUCCCAAGCUGAUGUCAGCUCAGAUGAGAGUGACGAUUAUUAAAUAAUUGAAAAACAACAGACCAUUCAAACAGUUUUAUAAACCAGAUGAAAGAUUUUGACUAGUGUUUAUGUGUUUACAAUUAUAUGUAUAGUGACAAGUUAAAACAUAAUUUUAUGCACAUUCAAACAGCAUUUACCUGUGAAAUUACAUAAGCAAGUAGGCAAUUAUUGCCAGUAUAAUAUUGGCUUAUUAAAUAAAUGUUAAAAUAUAGAUUUCUCUUAUAUUGACAGUGAAUAAAGGAAGAAAAGAAGAUGAAAAAGGCUGGAAAAUUUUUACAUUUGCUUGUUAGAUAUUUGAGGAAAAUGCAAUAUUUUCAUUUACAUGUACACCAUUAGUGUUAGUACUGAAUCAACUGUUGCAUUAUUUGUGCUAACAUACAUAAACUAUUGAACUUCAGUGACUAAUUAACUUUAUAAUUACUACGAUUUAAGCAACUCUUCUCUCUGUUUACUAUAAAUGUUAAAAAUGUUUCAAAUAUUGUUAAAUAUUACUAUUAUGUACUGUUUCAUAUGCAUAAGACAUUACAUUCAGAAAUAUGUGUUAAUUUUAAAUGCAUGUGAUGUUUAGUUUUGUAGCUCUUGUAAUUGUUUGAUAAUGUUAUGUGGCAUAGGAUCAAUUAACCCUUUAGAGCAUUGUAGCCAAUGUAGCCAUUAUAAGCAUUACAGCAUCGCGUCGGUACAUUUGCCUAAUCCAAACUAAUAUUAUAAAUGCGAAAGUAACUCUGUCUGUCUGUCUGUCUUUCUGUCUGUCUGUCUGUCU